GCGGCGGCGGCGCGGGCCGAGCGACUUGGGGAUUGGCUGCGGCGGGCAGGGACGUCAGGCUCCCCCGGCCGGAGCUGCAGCCCGGCUCGGCGCGGCGCAGUCGGCUUGAGUGCUAGCCGCAGCAAGGAAGUGUCUUGGGCUGUCCCGCCCUCUGCCGCGGUCGCCGGGCUGCCCGCCUGAGCCGGGACGCGCCUCUGCGCUCUUCGCCGCCUCCACCCCCGCGGCCGCCGCUCACCUCCCAGCCCUCACACACACCAUGACGAAGAAAGACAAGAAGUCCUUAAACGAGAGCCUGGCCGAGUGGAAGCUCUUCGUCUACAACCCGACCACUGGAGAGUUCCUGGGACGCACCGCCAAGAGCUGGGGAUCGCAGUAAGUGGUAGGGAAAUGAUGCUGUCUGAAGGUGAAAUCCUGUCCUCCUCUCUUCUGUCCUCUUGCUCCCUAUUUUGGCCUUCUGGUUUGAUCUUGCUCUUCUAUCUAGUCUUCUAUGGGUUCCUGGCUGCACUCUUCACAUUCACAAUGUGGGUUAUGCUUCAGACUUUGAAUGAUGAGGUUCCAAAAUAUCGUGACCAGAUUCCUAGUCCAGGACUUAUGGUUUUUCCAAAACCAUUUACUGCGUUGGAAUAUACAAUCAGUUUGUCUGAUUCAGGUUCCUAUAAAGCAUACGUUGAAGAUCUAACUAAUUUUCUAAAGCCAUAUGAUUUAGAAGAACAGAAGAAUCUCACAGUCUGUCCUGAUGGAGCACUUUUUGAACAGAAGGGCCCAGAUUAUCAUGCAUGUCAGUUUCCUGUUCACUUACUUGAAGAAUGCAGUGGUAUGAGAGACCCUGAUUUUGGCUAUUCCAAAGGAAAACCUUGUGUUCUUGUGAAAAUGAACAGAAUAAUUGGAUUAAAGCCUGAAGGAGAACCAAGGAUAAUGUGUGUUCCUAAGGACGGAAAAACUGCAGUUUUAUCAACUUAUCCUCACAAUGGAAUUGUAGACUUAAAAUAUUUUCCAUAUUAUGGAAAAAAAUUGCAUGUGGGAUAUUUACAGCCAGUAGUUGCUGUCCAGCCAGUUUUUAGCUCUAACAGUACCAAGAAAGAGACGACAGUUGAGUGCAAGAUUGAUGGGUCACCCAACCUAAAAAGCCAGGAUGAUCGCGACAAGUUUCUGGGACGAGUUGUGUUCAAAAUCACAGUGAAUGCAUAGUAUUAGUAGGAUAUUUCCACAGAGUAAAUUUCGUGUUGUCCUGUCUUCAUUUUGUAACAGUUGGACCUGCCGUUCUAGAGUUAUGACACCACCUUGGAGAAAGGUGGGGUGGCACAUGACACUGGGGUAACAUCAUAACGUGCUUCCAGAUCGUAAUGUUCAGUGUCCUCCGAAUAACUGCCUGUGGCCUCUGCUGCCCUUUGAACCAGUGUACAGACGCUAUGUUGGGGACUGGUAAAUACCUGAUUCAGAACAUGUAGAAUGGGGGUCUUGUCCUGUUUUUAUGUGGUUUCAUUGCCAGGUGUCUAAAGCUUAAUGUGCUGUGCUCUGUAAAUAUUUUAUGGAUUUAACACUGGUUAACUGUUGCAUUUUGAUGCCAACAAGUUUUAGGGAUAAAAUGAUAAAAGAAUAAAUGGUACCUGAUCAACAUCAAGUGACUUUAUAGCUGCAAUAAAUGUGGUUGUGUGAGAUCUUGAGGUUCUGUAUGUUGAGGAGGAAAAAAGAAAAUAAAAAUUGAUUUGAAAGUGUU